CCUCGUUUCCUGCGGCCGUACUCUCCCCUUGGGGAGGUCAGUCGCUGCUAAGCUGCGGUGUUAGCGUUGGUGUUGCCGGGGAGGUGGAGGCGGGGUGCAGCCUGUUGGGACGGUCGGUGGCAGACAGAGGACGCAGCUGUCACUAAGUGAAGGAGCGGUGUUGAGGAAUCGAGGAACAUUUUUCGUCAAAUGGGAAAUGUUUGAGUAAACACAGGGAAACAGUAGUUAGUGUUACAAGGUUAAAGAAGAAGCUUUCAAAGUUGUGGUCUGCACCGUUUGGACUGGAGCACGUUCGGCCGUUAGAGUGACGUUACCAGGGAGAAAGCAACAACGGCCCACCAAGUGCCGUCAAUAUUUUUAAAAACCCUUCGCAGGAGAAAAACAACAACAACAACUGAGCACUUAGAAUCUUUUGAGCUGAAGAGGACGUUAAACGAAGGCGAGGAUCAAAGCAGCAUGGUUACCACAAAGGGAGCUGGUCUGAACCCCAACGCUAAAGUGUGGCAGGAGAUCCCUGCUGACCAGAAUGACAUCCCAGAGGGGACAGAGGAUUCACCUUGGCUGAUGACCUACCCUCCUCCUGCUGAGAUGACAGAUGGUUACUCCGACGAUCUCUCUUCAGGGGGAAAAGGAUACAACACUGAAUAUCCUGACACCACUGCCAACUAUGUUCCAAUACCCACAGAGGGCAUUGUGAAUGGCACUGACCACCUUGACUUGAGCUAUUUGGUCUUUGACGAGUCAGCCAUAGAUGAUGAGGUUUCUAAGGAACAACCGAUGGCUGAGGAGAACCUACGAGAGUCUUUGAAGAAACAGCUCGAGUUCUGCUUUUCAAGAGAGAACCUUUCGAAGGACCUGUACCUGAUCUCCCAGAUGGAUAUUGAUCAGUUUGUCCCCAUCUGGACCAUUGCUUGCAUGGAGGACAUCAAAGCCCUUACCACUGACAUGGACCUCAUUCUGGAUGUUCUGCGAGCAUCUCCCAUGGUGCAAGUUGAUGAAACUGGAGAGAAGGUUCGACCAAAUCACAGUCGCUGCAUCAUUAUUCUGAGGGAGGUCCCAGAGACUACACCAGUCGAGGAAGUGGAGGCUCUUUUUAAGAGUGAAAACUGUCCAAAAGUGUUAAGUGCUGAGUUUGCACACAACAGCAACUGGUACAUAACUUUUCAGUCAGAUAUGGAUGCACUUCAGGCUUACAGAUACCUAAGAGAGGAGGUAAAAAUGUUCCAGGGAAAACCAAUCAUGGCCCGCAUUAAGGCCAUUAACACAUUCUUUGGUAAGAGUGUCUUCCACAGUGUGGACUCGAGUGUGUACAGUCAACAUGCCCAACCACAGGCUCAGUAUGGCUCCCCAGUCUACAUGCAGCAGGUGUACAGCUCUCAGCAGCAGUACCCUGUCUACCCUGUGGUGUCUCCCUCCUGGAACCCUUCUAUCAUGCCUUACUUUGAAACGCCACUGGCACCUUUCCAGAACAGUGGAUUCAUGGGUGGUUACAGCAGUUCAGGGAACUACAAAGGAAACUCGAGCUCUAUCAACCAUCGACCCAUGAGCAGGAUGCGAAACCAUGUUAAGGGUCACCCUAGGCCUGGAGACGUGCCCCCUUCUUCUUUGACUCCGGGGACCCUGAUGGAUGGCCUGUCUGUUCCCAUGAGUCCACAGCCCCUCCAGACAUCAGGGACACUGACUGGCACCACUUCAACAACAGUCUCUCUGCUCUCCUUCAGCUUUAAAGACGCUCCACAGGCCACCAUACACAGUGGAUAUCUGAGCGGGGCUGGACGGGGCAGGAGAGGUAGCCACAGAGGUAUGAGGAGGAAAAAAGAAGAUGAACAUUCCCCAAGGCCUGUCCCUGUGGUGCCCCCUCCGCCGAAGUUUGACCUGGCAGCUUCCAAUUUCCCCCCUUUGCCGGGGUCUGUGUUCAGCAAGCGGGGAGAAACUACGCCAGAGAUGCGCCUUUCUGAUGUUGUCCGUGGCCUAAAGGUGACCAACAAGUCUGUGAGCCAAGAGGUUAACGAGACCCAACACACAAACAUCUCAGAAGAUGCUGUAAGCAAACCCGAUUCUGUGACCCCGGUUGCUCAACCUGCUCCUGUGACACCGCACACAGUAGUGCCACCAGUAUCAAGUGUUUCUCCUCCAGCAAAGGAAGAGGAUAAGGCUGAACCUCCUAUUCCAAAGGGAAAAAUCUCCUUGUCCACGCAGGCUACCUCCCCAGCAGCCUCUGAACAUGCCCCCUUCACCUGCAGCCGGUCGGUUUCUACAGAAGCACCUUCCAUAACUGCAACUUCCUCUCUCACAACUCCAACAUCAGAGCUGGAGCCUAAAAAACUUAGCUAUGCAGAGGUGUGCCAGAGGAGGGCCAAGGACCCGCCCCCAGCACAUAUGGCCUCUCCCUCCCCUCCAGCCUCCUCAGCCAGCCAACCCCUGCAAGAGCUCAAGGUCAACAGGGUUGAGGAGCCUAGGCCCAACUCCAGGCGCGCUACAGACAAGCCGGAGAAAUCCAGAGACAACCGUCCUCCUCGUCAACCAUUGCGCUCCUUCAGAGGGGCGAAUGGCCAAGUCAGGUCUGGAGGUACAGCGCUGAAGAUUCAGGAGCAUCAGAGAGGCCUGAAUACUGGCAAACAGUUUUCCCCACAGAGGGGAGCCAGACGCAGUGGCAAAGAACAGAACAUUCCCCCAAAGUCAACAAAAUAACUAAAGUAAAAAGAACCUCUAAAACAGAAAUACAAAUGAUAUGGAUGUAAAUAUAUAAUAUAUGUAAAUAGACAGAUGUUAUAUUCAUUUGACAGAGUUUUUCAACUAAUCUCUUGACAUUGCAGACCUGAAAUUAUUUGGGAAGACUGUAAGAUAUCCCUCUUUAGGAAAAAGCGUAUGGUCUGCUGACAGACCUGCAGACUAUUGUGGUGAUGAAAAAUACUUUGCUUAAAGUAAUAUCACCAUGAUGUUAUCAGAAGGUGUGUGUGUGUGUGUGUGUGUGUGUGUGUGUGUGUGUGAGAAAGAAGGAUCAUGUUACUUUUAAAUGUAAAGUAGUCUAACAUUUAGCAGGUGUUGUGAACAUCCAAAAUGACAAGACACAUUUCAUUUCUUUGAGUGGUUAUUGUCAACAUGUGAUUCAUCUUGACUCUUGAUUUCCACUUUUUUUGUGCAUUUAUAUCAAGGAUAUAUGGAGGAGUUAUUUAUUAAAUGGAAUAGAAUCCAUGACAGAAUCAGAAACAGGGGGGUUGGGGGUGAUUUAACCACUGAAAGUUUGAGUUUUAAUGAUGGGUAUUCAUGUUUUAAAGAAUUGUUCAUGAUUGUGAUGCUUUGCUCCACAAGUGAUGGUGGUGAAUACUAAGUUACAUGGAUUCAGAAUAUUGCGUCAUGUAAUGACUAUAGUCAUUCAGUGUUUUGACAGUAGUUUUCUUUGUGAUGCAGCUAUUGGAUCGAUACUGCUAACAUUUGAAAUAAGCUCUGUAGGAGUAGAUCUGCAAGAUUGAAUCAGGGAUUUAACUCCUGUGCUAAUUACUUUGUCUUGUAAGAAGUAUAGAACAUAAAUAACCAUGAGAAUAGUAGCCAAAUAACCUACUAAUGCUGAGGGUUAUUAGUCGUCUUUGUGUUUUAUCAGAUAUCAGUAAUGCUGGUGCCUGUCUCACAAAGCAAGAGGUUACACCACUAACUUUGGCUUCAGGCCUGGCUUAAGAUAUGAAUAUUUGUGUAUUUUCAGUUUCAGGAAAGUUUUUAGAGUAGGAUGGUAAAUCUUGAAGAAUGAGCUGUCCGUCGUCGUUGACUAGCGUCUGCAUGUGAAUAGCUCAAACGUAUUUGAUGAUCUGAGGGACCUCAGGAGCAGAAAUUAGAUGUUUUUUCCACAUUAGAAUUUUGUUGCCUCUUCUUCUUUGACGUUUGAUGCCAUGGCCUGUGUUUAAACUUGAUUUGGUGACAUUGAUUUCCUGCAUCUGUUUUGAAUGUACAACUUUUGGCAUAAAACCACUUUCAAGCUUGAUUUUUGUCUUCAUGUGGUAGCUUUCCUUGAGUUUGUAUACACAUUUGUUUUUUGACCUGCUGUAGACGACAUUCAUUUUCUAUUCAUUUGUAAGGAUUUUUUUCCCAUGGUAUUCAGUGUUUCUGUAGUAUUUGAAAAUUGGUGUGUGGACUGAUCUGAGAAAAGAUAACUUUGUUGUGGGCAAGUGAAUUGGAUACCGUUCCAUACAGCCCCUUCUGGCUCAACAGUGAGCAGAAAAUGCCUUCACCUGUAGUGCUUUGAAUGGAAAUUCACAAUCUUUUGAUCUCAAGGCUUUUAAUCAUUUAAGAAGUAAGAAAUAGAAAGGUGUCGCACAGAAAUGCUCAGCUUGUGCUUAUAUGCAUUUCAUCUGAAUAGUCUGUGUUGAAAAUGAACAAAAAUUGGGUGACGAUAAAUUACAGAUUUUAAACAUUUUGCCUUAGAUAAGUGUUUGAGUCCUACACUUGUAGGGGCUUGACCGCAGUGUACAGUACUUUGUCUUUAAAAUCAGUAGUGCAGUUGUCUUCUGUAAAUAUGUCUGUCUCAUGGUGAUAACUUGUGUGUGCAAGAGAGCGCUUGUUUCUGCUUCAGACUACAUGGAACUGUUCUCUCAAACCAAACCCCCGCAGUGCCUUUUACGGUGUUUCAUUUCGGUAUACAGAGUGCAAGAAUUUUGAGCACAUUCAUUUCUCACACUGAACAAGGCUGGUUUUCAAAAUUCAACAUUAUCCGUUUAUAACAACCGACACUAUAUCUUGUCCAAUGUAAAUCUUAUAGAUGUAGCUGCGGGGCUGGGGCUGGUUGGAGUGGUGUGUGUGUGUGUGUGUGUGUGUGGUGUGUGUGCACGCUCACAUGCUUUGUCCAUUAUGUGUUGGAUACAGUUUAUUUUGUUCUUGUCGAUGCAAUUUCAGUUUUAUAUCAAAAUACUGCUUAUAACUCUCACAAUCAAACAUGGUAUUGAAAUUUUCAGCCACACUGGUUUAUUAAAUGAAUAUUUUAUUGCUGAGCCCAAUGUAGGAGAAUAAAAAUUUAUUUUUUAAACA